GUUCCCUAUGACAUAGCGCACGUCGCGCCCUCCCUGCAUCACGGCCCGCAACGAUGCAGGGCUUCAACAUGGGGCGGUACUACCCGCCUGAUGCCUCCAACCCGCCGAGCUUCAACAACAACUCGCAUCCCCUCGGCAAACGCGCAAACAAGAUCUCCCAAGGCAUCCUUACUGUUCGCUUCGAGCUUCCCUUUGCCGUGUGGUGUGACCACUGCACUCCUUCAGCCAUCAUCGGUCAAGGCGUACGUUUCAAUGCCGAAAAGAAAAAGAUAGGCAACUAUUACAGCACACCAAUAUGGAGUUUUCGCAUGAAGCACAGUGCUUGCGGUGGAUGGUGGGAGAUUCAGACCGAUCCAAAGAAUAGCGAGUACAAAGUCGUUGAAGGAGCGCAGCGGCGAGACUACGGACCGGGAGACAAAGGACCAGAAGCUGAGGGAGAGCUCAAAUUCUUAACCGAUGAAGAACGUCAGAGACGGAGGGAAGAUGCUUUUGCGAGCCUCGAGGGGAAGCUAGAAGAUAAAAACGCGGAAAAGAAACACAAAGAAAGGGUAGAGGAACUCUACGAUCAAAGUGAAGUCUGGCGGGACCCAUACGAUGUGAACGCACGACUCAGGAGAGAUUUCCGCGCGAAGAGAAAGGUCUGGAAGAAGGAAGAGAUGCAAAAAGAGGGUAUACAGGCAAAGUUUAGUUUAGGACUAGAUAUUGCGGACGAAACAGAGGCAGACCGGAUGCGUGCCGGCUUGAUCGACUUUGGCGCAAGCGCUUCGGGCGCCCAAGAACUCGAGCAACAGUCGUGGAAACCAAUUUUUGAGGAAAAAGACAUUAGCAAGGCUGUUGAGCCUACUUCAAAGACGAGAAAGCUAAAGGCAGAGCUGGCAGCAGAAAAAAGCCGACAAGGGUUGCAACAAACGCUUAUUGGCAAUACGCGAGCAGCAAUUGACCCUUUUCUAUCAAAAGACAGCGGACCGGCGUCGAGAAUCAACCUGGGUAUCUUGAAGAGGAAGCGAGACGCCCCAGCCGAAGAAGAAGUCUCUACAGUGUCGCCAGUGGAAACUGGUGAUGCGACUCUAACCAAGAAACCUGCUUUGCUAUCAACACUAGUAGGCUAUGACUCGGACUGAAUUACAUGGCGCCACAACAAAGAGUUCGAAAAUAGCCGUGGAACUAGAGUUCAACCUUCUCGUACUAUACAUUUUCUGGAGUUUGGGUAACUGGCAUGUGAUACCCCACUUUCCAUAUCUAAGAUGGUGUUGUUAUUAAUAACUAUACUUUGAUUUGCAGGAGGCAUUCUCUUCAUACUUGUAGUUACGACGAGCUUCGGGAGUUCAUUACGACUUCCUUACAUUUUUGCGUACAAUAUUGUGUAUCGAUGCUUUAGCGGAAUAGAUAUAAUGAAUAAUAGGCCAGCUUUUCUGUAGCAUGUACUGAAAUUUUGAUAGUAAUGCAUUCUGUUGUAUGGCAC